UUUUUUUUUACUCGGUAUCAUCCUUAGAAAUCAACCCUUACACUCUUUGACCACUAUUCAAGAACUCUAGUAAGAAUUUCAAUGCCGACUCCAUAAUUAAGGAUGUGAAGCCUUGUUAUCUUUUUUUACAAACUUGCUUCGGUUGAAUGAUUUCCAGGUUUUCAUUGAUAACGGGGCUCUUCCUUUCCUGCUUAACUUGUUGACACAAAAUUACGAGAACGUUGUCAAGGGGAACGCUUGUGGUAUCAUUUCAUCUAUCAUUCGACGGACUAAGGAUCAUAUUCAGAUGAAACCUGCCAUCCUUCCUCUUGCUCAUCUGAUUCAUACAGAAGAUGAUGAAGUCCUUCAAGGUGCAUGCUGGGCACUAGCCAAUCUAUCUCUUGGGAAAAUGGAUGGAAAACAAGCUGUGAUCGAUGCUGGUGUUUUUCCUCGUUUGGUUGAACUUUUACUAUUUCCUUCACAUCAAUUUUUGCGUCCUGCCUUGUACACUGUUGCUAAUAUUAUUCCAUAUGUAGAUGUUAUCCAGAUUCAGGUUUUCAUUGAUAACGGGGCUCUUCCUUUCUUGCUUAACUUGUUGACACAAAAUUACGAGAACGUUGUCAAGGCGAGCGCUUGUGGGAUCAUUUCAUCUAUCAUUCGACGGACUAAGGAUCAUAUUCAGGCUGUGAUUGAGGCUGGCAUUAUUUCACCUCUUCUCCAACUGAUUCAAAACUCUGAUUUUUCAAUGAAGAUACCACUUGUUAGGGCUUUCUGUUUUGCCAUCACUAACGGAACUAAUGAGCAAAUUAAGUUCUUGGUGCAUGAGGGCUGUAUAAAGUCAUUGUGCGAUCUUCUAGUUAGUCCCAACGAAGCACGUGUCAUAAAACUCCGCUUGGAAGGCUUUGAGAACAUUCUGAAGGUUGGAGAAGCUGAGAAGAACCAAGACAACACCGAAGAUACAAAUGUCUUUGCUCAGAUGAUUGAUGAUGCUGGGGGUCUUCAGAAGAUUAAGAACCUCCAGACUCAUGACAACAGUGAAAUAUGCGAAAUUGCCGUGAAACUACUUGAAACAUAUUGGCAGGAAGUUUAGGUGAUGCCCCCACAAUCUGUGUGUUUCUUGGACUGUAAUUGAUCAUUUCCUUCGUUUUCUGCCAAAAAUUAUAAAGCGUGUUUGUUACACGAUAAUGGAUUGGAUCAGACAGCUUAAUGGAUAAGAUUUUGAACUUUUGUUCUCCAUUCCACUCAACCAAACAUGGCCAAGGGCUUUAAAAACGUCUGCUGCCAAAAUUCUGGACAUGGUCUUCAAGUGAUCCGUCAAGGAGAAAGAAACUUUCAAGCUGAAAUAGGAAAAAUAUGCAACAAAUUCUUUUUUCCCGAUGCAUUUGGAGUCAAUAACAUCUGAUACAAUUCUCCCAUGAAGAUAAGGAAAUAGGAAUCGUAUUAUCAUAGAUCGUUAGCAAGAUUACUUUUAUGUAUGACUUCAAUUAUGUUAAUUUGGAGCAUUUUCAACCA